AUGAUUCUGCUUGCGGUGGAGAGGUCGAAAGGUCGUGAGUCAGACUUCUUCGCGUACUUCGAUCUUCUGCCGUCGCGUGCGGAACAAGAGGAGAGCGAUCUCUUCUUUGCAGGUGAAUCUAUCCUGGAGGACUUUGCCAUGUUGCCCGUCGUCAAUUUCUGGCGACGGAUACAGAAGGAUCAGUACCAGGAGUUGGAGAGCUGCUUCCACAUAUUGCGCGGCCUGCUCGAUGGAGUGGAGGUGGAGUGGAAAGAUGUGGAGGGCCUGCUUCGCAUCCACGGGAGCCGCCACUUCAAUGCCAAGCCUGCUGACGUCGAGUUUCUGGCCCCAGCUGCAGACAUGGUGAACACCGGCAGACCGGAGCAGCUGAACCUCAGCCCGGCACUGCUCAUGUCAGGCCCGGAUGCGCCGGAGGCGACGUUGAGGCCAAGUUGGAUUUCGAGGGCAUCGGGACUCAGGGCUCGGGGGUCAGGAGCUUGCCUUCUGGUUUCUUUAUGA